AUUUAUUUUAGUGCGUGUGGACACACCCCCGUUUGGUAACACAUGACAGCGAUACAUUUGGUGCCCUAAUAUCCACUGCACUAUUCCCAGUCUCCAGCGCUGCGCGAGCUAUCCUGCGUAGACUACUAGCUACAUUUCUCGUCAAUAUGCCCAUCAAGAUAGGAGAAUCUUUGCCUGCUGUUGAGGUGCAGGAGGGUGAGCCUGGAAACAAGGUGUCCAUGGACCAGCUCUUCAAGGGGAAGAAGGGGAUUCUUUUUGCUGUGCCUGGAGCCUUCACCCCGGGCUGCUCCAAGACACACCUGCCUGGGUUCGUGGAGCAGGUGGCACAGUUGCGGAGCAAGGGGGUACAGGAGGUGGCCUGCAUUUCCGUCAAUGACGCCUUCGUAAUGGCCGCCUGGGGCAAGGAGCACGGAGCGGACGGCAAGGUGCGGAUGCUGGCUGAUGCAACUGGAGCUUUCACUAAGGAAGUCGAUCUGUUGCUCGACAACGAUAAGAUCGUGCAAGCGCUGGGCAACCAGAGGUCUAAGAGGUAUGCAAUGAUGGUGGAGGAUGGUGUGGUGAAGAAGAUCAACGUAGAACCAGACGGGACUGGCCUGACGUGCAGCCUGGCCUCCAGCAUUCUGUCUGAGCUGGUCUAAACUGGUUCAAAUUGUUUCACACUCCAGAACCGGUUAGCAUCAGUGCCCCACCCGCUUGUUACACUUGACCAAUCCUGGUCCAAGCAAGAAAGAUUAAUGUGGUCAACCAUGUUUUGUUAUUGUGUACCACAAAAAAGUAUUAUGCUUUGUCACAGAGGUAAUUUUGUCCACUGUGAAGAAUGAACAAGGAUGUGCCUGCAGUCUCGUAACAUUGAGACGUGAUUAGACAAUGCAGGGAAUUUAUUUCCACGGUUAAAUUGUUCUUUUGUGCACUUGCAAGACCAGGUUUGGCUACCUCCCAAACUCCCUGAAGUAUUCACAGUUUUAUAGCAGGCAUGUCCUGGUAUUAUUAGGGUACAGAUAGUCACGUAGUAGAAUGCCGAACUGGAUUGCAGAACUUGUAAUUUUGUUUUUGUUUUUGAGAAAUACGCACAAGUUGGGUUGUAAAGGCACGAUGCCAUUUUGUUCAAUAAAACGAUUCUCACUGCAGUGAA